AUGCUGGGUUCACUGUGGGGAGAGAGCUGGAGUGUUUGGCGAGCUGCUAAGAAAGCUCGCCUGGACAAACUUGAGGAAGUGCUGCGCUCUGAAUUGCAGCCUAAUGUGGUCGUAAAUCGCAAGCAUCCCGUGAGAGGACUCACGCCGCUCAUGGCCGCCACAAGGGCCAAGAACACCACCAACGUCGCGGGAUGCGUUCGAGUCUUGAUAUCCUACGCCGCGGAUGUCAACACCGUGGACAACACGAAACACAGGAACACGGCCCUGCAUUAUGCGGCUUGCAACAACAAGGCGACGGCAAUUGAUAUUCUGCUAGAUGCUGGUGCCAACAUUUUCGCUCGGAAUUCCGACGGAUUCACAGCUUUGGAUCUUGCCUGGAUGAGCAGUCGACGAGAAGCUGCACGGGUGUUAAUGAGGCGCGUUCAGCUUCAGAGUGGAUGGUUGAACAUAUCCACUAAAGUCACGAUACCGUGA